AUGUCCCAAGGCAUUGGCUCUGUUUCCCGACACACCGGGCACGAGGGAACCUGCGUCUCUGAUACGACGGCCAUGAACAUAGGUAUGCUUAUUGGUGUGAGAGAGAAGAGGAGGAAAACCUCAGACAUGGGUGUGACAUUUGAUGGGAAUGAAAGCGGUGCGAUGCUUGAUAAACCAAUACGAGGGGUAUCGAAGACCUCAAACAUGGGCGUGACAAUCGAUGGGAAUGAAAGCAGUGCGAUGCUCGAUAAACCUAUAGGGGGUAUUGUCUCUGAAGUGUUCCCUUGCCACGAUCCCGAUCUCGCAUCGUUCCCCAGCUCAACUAUCGACCGUUGCAGCUUGCAGCCUCGUGUUGAAAAAGAAUCCCCGCUCCAAAAAGCAUAUCCUGCUCCAGACUGCUCGGACGGUCAUUGGUGGAGGACUGGAGGGCAUUAUGGCCCCGCUUUCAACAACUUUACGCACACCAUCAUAUAUUUCACCCCAUUGCACAUUCUUUGGGGCUGCGUUCUCUAA